AUGGCACUUUCAGAUUCUGAGGGCUCUGAUGUGGUGAUGGUCAGCCCGGGCGAUGUCCAGGAUUUCAACGAAGGAAAUAUCCUGCCUCUCCCAGCAAGUGAUCUGAAGAAGAUCAGAGAGUGGCUGCAGCCAACACCCUAUGAUCUGGAGGGCUCUGAAUUUUCACGGCACCUCGAGUCGUACCUGGUGGGUACAGGCCAAUGGCUUAUCUCUACAAACACAUAUCAGCAGUGGCAUCAAAGCGACACGAACGGUCUGCUGUGGAUCAAAGGCAUACCGGGGUCUGGAAAGUCUGUCAUGGCUGCAUCGAUCAUCCACCAACUACGUAAAGAGAACGUUCCAGUGCUCUUUUUCUUCUUUCGACAGAUUAUCGAUGCAAACCAUCAACCAGUCGCAGUCCUACGGGACUGGCUUUGCCAAAUCCUCCCCUUUAGUCCAACCUUGCAGGCCAAAUUGAAGAAGGAUUACCUCGAAAAGGAACGCUCUAUCGAUAGUCUAGCUGCUAAUGACCUGUGGAAAAAUACUCGAUUUGCUCUCACUACUUUCCCUAAGGCAUACUGCGUCGUCGAUGCCUUGGAUGAAAUGGACCAAGGUAAUGAUGACUUCCUCCAGGCUUUAGUGGAGCUAGGCCAGUGGCGCCCCGCCAACCUCAAGGUUUUGAUAUUGUCACGCCCAGUCGUUGCAGUGGAAUCGCCUUUGAGACUAUUCUCAGUGCCCGUUCUACCCUUAGAUAAAAAGCUUGUCGAUAUCGAUAUCGCUGCCUACGUGCAGCACCGACUGCGAAACUCACCCAUACCCGAAGAGUAUUGGACUCACAUAACUGAAGCCGUUCCCGGUCGAGCGAAUGGUCUGUUCCUGUAUGCUAGGCUUUCUAUGGAUGCAUUUUCGAAACCUGGGGCCAAUGCUGGAGAUGUGCUUAAUAAGUUGCCUGCUAACCUGAACGUGAUGUAUGAUGGGCUACUACGCGAGCAUGCAGAGCACUCCAAUGUUCCUAAAGACCUCCAAAUACUUAUUCUGCAGUCAAUUACACAUGCUACCCGCCCUCUUCGACUUCUUGAGGUCGCUGAGAUGAUCAAAGCGACUUAUACUCCACUUGGAACAUCUAGCUUGAAAGAGAUCAAGAAUAUUGUCCGAGCGGCUUGUGGCCCCUUGCUCCAGGUUCUUCAUGACGAAACCGUCUCGGUCGUUCACCAUUCUUUGACUGAGUUCCUCAAGGGGCUCACUCGCCUCACUGUCAUUGAUGAAGUAACUUUCCCAAUUUUGGAGGCCGGCCCAACUAAUCAUCGACUUGCUGUUGCAUGCUUGGAUUAUCUUAUGUCUGGCUGCCUAGAAAGCAUCGAUGUCAAAAAGCGCAAGAAGGAUGACGAAUAUUACAAUCCUAAAAAAGCCCAGCAGAGUGAGAUCCGCCUGAAAUUCCCAUUCCUUGAAUAUGCAGCGAACAAUUGGUACAUCCAUACUCGCCGUGCCGCCUUGACUGGGAUGGAUUUGUCAUCACUUUACUCGGUCAUUGACGAGUUUUUUGGAAGCAAGAAACAGUUCAUCGCUUGGUUGGACAUCGACUGGCCGCAAAAUUCUAUCCAGAGUGUUACUCCGCUUCAUGCUGCCGCCAAAGCCGGGCUGGCUCAGUACGCCGCCCACUUGUUCCAAAAAGGCAACUUCGACCCAAAUGUUCAGAGCCAUGACGGAGAUACGCCUCUUUACUGGGCUGCCUUUAGUGGCCAUGGAGAUGUUGCACAAGUUUUCAUUCAAAACGGGGCAGAUCCGGACGGCGAAGCGAACCAAGGAUACAAGCCUCUUCAUAAGGCCGCCAGCAAAAACCACGCUGAUGUCGUCAAAGUCUUGCUUGCUGCUGGUGUUGAUCCAAUGACACCGAAGACACGAGAAACUCCAGGCAGGCACUGUGGCAAUGCGCCGACAUCAGUUGGUCAUACUCCAUUGAUGUACGCAUGUCACAAUGGUCACCUCGAGGCAGUAACUGAAUUUCUACCCUAUCUCUCAGAGGACAACAUCAAGCGGGCCCUCAAUUGGCUUUCAGGCUCAGGACACGCGGCAUGUGUAUCUCUCAUUCUUCAAAACAGUGUCGUGGACAUGAAGUCACACUUCGGAGGAAAAAUUUUGUUCGAAGCCUGCUUGAACGGCGACCUGGAUACGAUCAAGGUUCUUGUUGGAGCAGGUGCGGAUCCCAACACUCGCUGUUUCUAUCCCGAGGACGAGUUUGGGGGCAUUGGUUCUCGCAUGCGUUAUCCAAGGAAAAUGAAAACCCCCGGAGAACGAGAGGAGCCCAGGGGCUUCACUGCUCUACAUGCUCUGAGUGGAAUCAAAGACCGUGAGCGAACUCGCAAGAUCCCGCUGGAAUGUGUUUCAGUCGUCCUCCAAGCUGGCGCUGAUGUUCAUACGAAGUCCAAGGAUGAUGGAAAGACAGCUUUGCAUUUCGCCUGCGCAAACAAUAUAGAUAUUGUUCAACUUCUUUUGGAGGCAGGGGCGGACCCUUACGCCAAAACCGACAGUGGAGCCACGAUACUACACACCGAUGGAAAGAAUGACAAGAAGCUGCUUCCUAUCCUGCUUGAUUCGGCAGCUGUUGAUAUCAAUAGGUUGAUGGCGGAGAGCAAUGGCGGACCCUUGUUCAGUCGUCUUCGUGGUUACUAUCCUGAAAGGGGAAUUGAGAUUCUGAAGUACACCACGGACCCAAAUUUGACCGAACCAGACGGUAAUAGCUUUCUCCAUGUGUUACUUGAUCGGUAUAAUUUCUCCAAGCAAGAUACUGUUCUUGAGGCCUUGCUGUCCGCUGGCGCUGAUCCGAAUCUUCAAAACAAAAAGGGCGAAACGCCACUGCAUAAAAUGAGUGAUGACACCAAAGUUGAAUCAAUCUCCAAGUUGGUCAAGGCAGGUGCAGAUCUUGAGAUCCGGGAUUUGGAGGGUCGAACAACCCUCUCUAAGAGUCUUUCCGGGUAUUCGAAGGGCAUAUCUAAAUUUUCUAAAUCCCUUAUCAAUCUAGGCGCCCGACUGGACACACGGGACAACAAGGGCCGUACUCUUUUCCACAAAGUGGUCUGUAAAGUUGAAGCUCUGGACGAUUUGAUAAAGAUGAUGGAUUUCGACCCUUCAGUCGCCGACAAUGAAGGCAAUACGCUCUCCCUUGAGCUCGUUUUCGCAACUGAUAGAUCGGACAGCACGUCAAAUUUCAAACAUCUCAAAAGUCUGAGGGUUGAUAUUGACCAUCCUAAUUCCCACGGGUGGACAGUCUUGCAUCAAAUGUCCUUCAAAAAUCAGACUAACUGUCACAGGAGACCUUCUGCCGAGACAACGUUUGAGUAUGUCCUCCGAGAGUGCAAGAACAAAAGUCCUCAGGAUACAGACGGGAUUCAGCCUUUGCAUAUUGCCGCCGCUGUGUCAGAAGAUAAUGUUUUUGGGCUUCUCUGCUCUGGGGCUGAUAUGUUCGCCGUUACGAAAGAAGGCAUGACGGUUCUCCAUGUCGCAGCUCGAGCCCGACAACCUGGCAUAGUUGGUCUUGUUCUUUCUAGAAUGAUUGACCUUGAUGAUGAAACACGGAACACCUUCAUCAAUCAAAAAAAUGUGGAAGGAGACACGGCACUUCACUUCGCCUGUUGUUCUGGUCGACCCGAGACUGUCGAUCUUUUGUUAAAUGCCGGCGCAGAUCCCAAUCUGCCGGGCAAGGAUGGAUAUACUCCUUUGAGAGCAUGUGUCAAUUUUGAAAUGGAACAAGUACGAUGGAAGAAAAUGGGCAAGAUUGAGGACGUCAAAGCCCUCAAGACCGCCAGCAUCUGGCUUGGUAUCCGAAGUCUGCCACCGGCGAAAGAUGACUCCGAGGAGGGAUCCAAGGAGUCUCAAUGGAGAUCAAAUAGUGACAAGGGUGCUUCAAGCUCGACGCGUCUAGAUGAGAUUCUCACUUCAUUGGUACUGCACAGCAAAAACCCUUCUUCGGACAAUGACUCGCUUCGGGAAGCAUUCCAAGAAGCAGUAUCUAAUCAACGCGACUAUACCGCGGAAUGUUUGCUACGGCUCCAGAAUCGUGUGUUCCCUAACCUGAACCUGAUAGAGGGACCGGGAGGUAACGGUUUUACCCUGUGCAACGCUCGGCUUCAAGCCGAAAUAUCGUCCCUCAGAGAAGAAGAAAAGAUGCGAAACGAAUGGAUGAACACAAAAGGUGGAAGCAGAAAUCUCCACUUCGAACAAAUGGUUAAGUAUCUUCGUCUUCGGCAAUACGGUCUAUUCGAGGAAAUGGCUUCACAAACGGAUCUCCUCGUGCUAGAUUACACCCAUAUCUCUGUUCUCCACUGUCUUUUGGAUGAUGGUCUUUCAGAACUCUUAGAUCGUCUCUGUACUCCAGAGCAGGCUCUGAAGUUUGAUGACCACGAAUGGUGCGAGCAUACCGAGAAUUCCUGUUCCCGUUCCGGAUCUCGUAUGCGUUCCAGUGCUAGGACACUGCCGCUUCUGAUGCACGCAUGCCACCGCAACUUGCCAAAUAUGAAAGUGGUCCGAACACUUGUGGAAAAUAUGGGUGUGAACAUCGAUUCAAAGCGCAGGGAAGAAAGAUAUGUCGAUGGCGAUUAUGAGACCGUGUUGGAUCAUGCCGUUCUACAUGACCUCGCUGAGGGCAAAACUUGGUGGAACGUGCAUCAGGCUUUGCCGUACCUCAUCAGCAAGGGCGCGAAUCUGGAGGUGCGCGAUGACAAGGGGGAAACACCUUUGCAUAUCGCCCUCGACUAUAACAAGUACAAGGGCGUCUUUUACAGAGAUGCUGUGGACAUUCUUCUGGAUCAUGGCGCAGACGUCAACGCAGUCAACGCCAACGGGGAAACCUGCCUGUCAAAGGCUGGCGCUGAUAUUGACUUGAUCAAGUUGCUUUUUUCUCGUGGCGCUACGAUUUCCGCUACUGCUGUAUUCGCCGCCAUUGAGUUUUGCAAUGUUGAGUUAUUGGAGCUCUACCUCUCCCAUGGUGAUGUCGCCAACAUGCGGCGGCCCGCGCCAAAGAGUCGAGUAAGGCCUCAUGCAAUUCAGAAGACCAUAAUCCCAACUGCUGAAGAGUAUCCUUUGUUCUAUGCGGCAACUUUCAAAUCCGUUGAAAGUCGCAAGGAGUUUGAUAUUGAUUCUGUUCGAAAGGACACGAUGGCAGCGCUUCUUCGGAAUGGUGCAAACCCAUACGCUACCUUCUUUAAGCUCCAUCGAGUAAAGGAUGACUCUCUCAGUGAUGGCGACGACUCGGACUCGGACGAUGUGCAUGCUGGUUCCAAAGAUCAAUGGGAACCCGAAACCUGCACUGUCAUCCAUGAGAUCUUGACUAAAACGGAGGUGUUCGAGCCACUGCUUCAACUGCCAUCUCUCCAACUGGAAUGCCGAGAUGACAAAGGCAGAACGUUGAUCCUUUGUACUAGUGAACCCGAAGUAAUUCGACACCUUGUCGACCGCGGGGCUGACAUUACCGCUCAAGACAAAUCUGGCAAGACCGUUGUUCACGCACUCAUAGCCCGCCAAGCCAAAGAGGAAAAUAUCAGCAUCAUGCGGGCUCUCUUUGACAAGGAUCCUAGCAUUGUGCAGAUAGGGGAUGAAGCCGGUGAUACUCCGCUCCACUAUGCGCUUCGCAAAAGGCCGAUACAGUUCAAACAUGUCGAACUACUACUCGAAUACGGAGCAGAUCUGCACCAACCCGAUUCAAACGGCGAUACAGCUCUCCAUAUCCUUUGCAGAAGAGCAUCUAAUCACAAGACACGCAUCGAGCAGCUCUUGGCCCUCGGGCUCGGCAUCAACGCACGCAAUAAGAAAGGCGAAACUCCACUCAUGCACUGUCUUGCGGAGGGCAGAUUACGAUCUAGUAUGUGGUCGUACAGUGGCGACAGUUCCAGCGACAAUGACAGCCUGCUCUUGCUCCAAGAUCUUGGUGCGGAUUUCCACGCGCGAAACGACGCGGGGAUGUCGAUGCUUCAUGUAGUUGCUGGCAGGAAGGUGCGCGAUACCCUUGGUGUUCGUGAGUGGGAGAUUAAAGACAAGAAGGAAAACCUCGUCAGUUGGUUCAACUUCAUCAUGGGCUUGGGUGUGGAUCCUAUGCUUGAGGAUGCUCAGCAGCGAACUUCUUUGGAUCACGCUGCCGCUUGUGGCAACGAACAUAUUUUGAAGUUGUUCAAGCACAAGGACGCUCAGGAGUGA